AACUUUGAGUGCAAAAAAUAAAUUUAGAGUCGCUUGACCUUGAGCUAUGGCCAAGCCUCGCAAACCCAAGCCAGCUAAUUCUGGCGCCGUCGUCCUCCACCAGAAGCUCUGCCUUUCUAUCUACACGAACCUCCGUCGCAUCUACGGUUACACUGAGCUGGAAAUUGAGGUCCCUGAUAUGGGAAUCGUCGGAUUACACGCGGAUAAUUUAGGGAUCGAGAAUGUGCUUGUAGAUGGGGACCCGACGGAGUUUGAGUAUUACCCGCAUAAUCAGGGGGCCGAUAGUGAAAAGUGUUGCGCCCCCGUGUCUUCCCCGACUUCAGCCACAGAUGCUUCCGUCGCUGCUUAUUUUACGGCACUGGAGAUGGAACUGAUCCCUAACUUGCUUAUCAAUUGUUGCAAUAAGAUGCAAAUUAAGCAAAUUAAUAGGGAGACGAACGGAGUCCAAUCGUCUGCUGAAAUCCAGCAGUCUCUAUGUAUAUUCUGUUCAGUUAGGAUCUGGAAUUCACAGUUGCCCAUAAUCUUGUGGCUGUCAGCAAUGGUAGCUUACUAUAUCAGGUGAGACAAAACUGACGGAAAAAUAUCUAGUGGACAUCUAGGUUAUAACCAUGCCAAAAAUUGUAGACAUGCACAUUUUUGUGGUUUGCAUGGUGAUUUCUCAGCCAAAGUUCCAUGGAAGCAUUAGAAAAGUACAUCUUGACUUCCUCUGUCACUAAGGGUGGAGGCCAAAAAUAUUUUUGAUGAAUUCUCAUGAACAAUCAACCUGAACUUAA